AUGAAGCUGUUGCCUGCAAUGGAACAGGCUUGCGACAUAUGCCGGCUCAAGAAACUCAAGUGUUCCAAGGAAAAACCCAAGUGUUCAAAGUGUCUGAAGAACAACUGGGAGUGCUGCUAUUCUCCAAAGACCAAGAGGUCACCCCUGACCAGAGUGCACCUGACAGAAGUCGAGUCGAGGUUGGAGAAGUUGGAACAGCUGUUUCUUGUCAUGUUUCCUCGAGAGAAUUUGGAUCACGUUUUGAAAAUGGACUCUUUGCACGACAUAAAAGUCCUGUUAACACAACUAUUUGUGCAGAACUAUGCUAAUACAAAUCCUGCUACAGAUAAGCUCACUCCCAUCGGCUCCGCAGACAAUGACGUGUCCCGCGGGCAGGAGCAACACGUAUCAUCGCCGGAAGGAGAUGAUGACAGAGACCAAAGACAGUUGACUAUAUCGUUCGGCUCGGUUGCCCUGCAUGAUGAGUCCACCAUCCCAUUGAACUGUGUGCCCAGAGAUGCUCUCCACGGAUUCGACUGGUCCGAAGAUGAUACCACAUUUGACGGUCUGCGCCUGCUGAGAACAGACCCCAACAAUAACGGGUUCUUUGGUGACGGUUCCCUCAUAUCUACCCUCCGAUCCAUUGGAUUCAGCCCAGAAAAAUACAUAAACUCGACAGUAAACAGACUGCCAACCGUGGUCAUUGAUAGAUACUCUCUAGCUUCAAGAACCACAACAUCGCGCUUUAUCCAAAGUUACCUCAACAAUUUCCAUCCAUACUGCCCCAUCGUGCACACUCAGACAUUAAUGAUGCUGUACAAUAAUCAGAUAGAAACUACCUCUAAGGACCAAUGGCAAAUCCUUUUCAAUUCCGUAUUGUCCAUCGGGGCAUGGUGUAUAGAAGGCGAGUCUACGGAUAUAGAUUUAUUUUAUUAUCAGAAUGCUAAAUCUCAUCUAACGAGCAAGGUCUUCGAAGCAGGUUCAAUCACUUUGGUGAUUGCUCUACAUCUUCUGUCGCGAUAUACACAGUGGAGGAAAAAGCCGAAUACAAGUUACAGUUACCACGGCUUUUCCAUGAGAAUGGCGAUCUCUUUGGGUUUGAAUAAAGAUCUUCCCUCGUCUUUCAAUGACACAAGUAUUCUGGAACAAAGGCGCCGGAUUUGGUGGUCUCUUUACAAUUGGGAGUUCCAUUUGACUCUGCUGUACGGCCGGUCCAUUCAAUUUUCUGCUUCAUCCACUCAAAACUCCAUUUCUUUACCUUCCUCUGUAGACGAUAUGCAACGGACUACAACACACCCGACUAUUUAUCACGGCACCAUUGAAACAGCACGGCUUUUACAGAAUUUCAUCAAAAUCUGUGGAUUUGAUAAAACCACUACGACAACGAAAAGUCCGAUAUCUGCUAAAAGAUGCUUGGUCAUUUGUAAUGAAAUUGAAGACGUUUCCAGGCAAAUACCUAAAUUUUUACAAAUAGAUAUCUCCUCAACUGCUCUGACCAACCUGUUAAACGAACAUCCUUGGCUAUCUUUCACAAGAUUCCAACUCAGGUGGAAACAGUUAUCGCUUAUCAUUUACGUAUUAAGAGGCUUUUUCACAAAUCUAAAUUCACAGCAAGAAUCGCCAUCACACCAGGAUCAGAAUCACCAUUCAAGUUACGAAGUUGAACGAUGCUCUGUCUUGUUACACGAUGCUGCACAAAGGACAAUUAUGUCCAUCAAUAACUAUAUGGAUAAUCACACCCUCACUCCGUUUUUUGCUGGAAUUUGUGUUUUCUAUUUGUUCAAUGCGGCACUGGUACCCGCAACAACGUUGCUAUCAAACCCAGAUUCGAAUUCUAGUAACAGCGAUACCUCUCAGUCGAUGCAACAAAUCAGUACUGUUUUGCUGCUAUUGAAAAAUUUGAUCACCUUUAAAAUUCCGACUUGUGAAAAGUACAUUCAAGUACUGGAACAGGUUUGUGCGCCUUAUUUUUCUUCCUCCUCCUCCUCUGUGGCUUCAUUAUCCUUUGCUAAUAAUAAUGAUAAAAACAAUAAUAAUAAUAAUAACGUCACCACAAGUUCCGCAGGAGCUGCCCAAUAUCCACAAACCGUCACCUCUCAAGAUAAUAAUGCGAACGGUAGGCAGAUUUCUGUUAUCGCAGCAGGCUCUUCAUCGACGCCAAUGAAGCCGGGAGCGAGCUUUAGCGAUUUGGUAAAACUUUUAUCUAACCGUCCGUCUUCACGAAACUCAUCUGUGACGAUAUCAAGAGCCACGCCUCCUCCUCCUUCGAUUACGUCAUUUCCAACGCAACCACAACAACAAUUGCAAGGAUCAUCCGUACCGUUGACUCCAUCUGCUUUAUUUGGUGGUGCCACUUCUUACUCGGGCUGGAACAACUUUGCGGAAACAACGUUUUCAUUUCCAUCGACUACCAAUGGCAACGGCACGAACCUCGCAACAGCUUUUGCAAAUCCGCAAGCACUUCCACAGCCAACCUUCACCGCUAACACGAACCCUAAUUCUACUAAUAAUAGUCAACUUGCUACUAGCAAUUUUGACGACGAUAAUUCAAAAUCAAUGUUUCCCAAUUGGACGGACCAAACUGCUUAUAACGCAUUGGGAAUCACUACAGGGAUGUUCAAUACUACUACAAUGGAUGAUGUAUACAACUAUUUAUUCGACGAUGAUGAAACUCCUCCCAACCCAAAUUCAGAGCAAACCGGAUUAUAA